CGGAAGAAAAUCACAAAAACUCCUUCACGAGCUCGACAUGGUGGAAGCAAGAAGAGAUGCGGCCCUGGCCCGAACCGUGCAAGAAAAGCUCAAGGUAGCCAGAACCUACAACGAGAAGGUCAAGCCGCGCCCGCUAGAGGAGGGAGACAUGGUGCUUAAAAGGAACUUCGAGCAGAAGGAAGGGCACGGCAAGCUGGCCGCCAUUUGGGAAGGACCGUUCCUUGUCGCCGAGAAGAUCGGAGCCGCAACAUACGUGCUGGCCACCAUGGAGGGGCAGCCGCUCUCCAAAACAUGGAACUCCAUCCAUCUGAAGAAGUAUUUCAGCGAAUGAAAGAAGACGGUAGUAGGAAUUUUUCAAGGAGCCGACGCUACAAGCAGUAGCGCUUUUGUACAAGCUUAACAGCUUAGCACUCCUUAUUUUCAACUUUAAUACUGCAAGUCGCCACCAGAGCGAUACACUUAUUUUCAGUUUUAAUACUGCAAAUCGCCACCAGAGCAAUAUAGUUAUGCACGAUCA